GAAGAAGCACUGGACCAAGGGUCAUUCGGGCUUGUGGACUGGCAGAAUGUUCUCCUGGGCACUGGUCGUGUGCCUGGUUGCUCUGAGCCACUGUGCUCUUGCAGCAAAAGUCUGUCCCAGGCCCCCAGAAGUGCUCUUUGCCACAGUUAAUGUGGACAAGAGCGUGUACGACGUGGGGGAGUCAGUGGAGUACACCUGCAGGCCUGGCUUUGUCCCCAACAAUGGCCAGAGGAAGUACACCUGCCUCCCGACGGGCAAGUGGCCUCUCAACACCCUGCUGUGCCUACCGAAGAGAUGUCCCAAUCCUGGACCCUUGCAGAAUGGAAAAAUUGAUUCUAUAGACCACCACUAUCAGAGUUCUUUGAGCUUUUCAUGUGAUCCAGGUUACACCCUCGUUGGGACAAGAACGAGCCAAUGCAUGGCAGAUGGAAAGUGGAGUGGCAUUUUCCCACAGUGUCAACCUGUGACUUGUGCACCUCCCUCACUUCCUGAAUUUGGAACCCUUUCUUACCGCCUCUCCAAACCUGGAAACACUUCUCGUUUCCUGGACACAAUCACUUUUGAAUGUGUACCUCCCCUGGCACUCAUUGGGAAUGAGACAGCCACCUGCACGGCCAACGGGAGCUGGAGCAGCAUUCCUGAGUGCAAGGUUGUCACAUGCCCCACCCCAGCAGGAAUAGAAAAUGGUUUCCUGGAGUUUGUUGCUCGUCGAACCUACCACUACAACGAAAGCGUCAGCUUCGGCUGCCAGCCCAGCUACGUGCUGGAGGGCCCCAAGCACUCCCGAUGUGAAAAGACUGGAAACUGGUCCACAAAGCCCACCUGCAGAGGCCCAUGCAAAAUACCAGUUAAGAAAGCUGUAGUAUUAUAUAAUGGUGAGAAGAAAAGAGUUCAAAAUGACCUUAAGGAUGGCAUUCAGCAUGGUGAAACUGUAUCCUUCUUCUGCAAGAAUAAAGAAAAAUCCUGUGCCUAUACUGUGGAUGUUCCAUGUGUGGAUGGCAACCUUACUCUCCCUGCCUGUUUCAAAGAACGUGGCUUUUUUUCAACUCUUGUGAAGAAGGACCCAUCAGACAUGAAACCAUGUGAAGUUGAAGAGUGAAUCAGAGCAGCAAUACAGCACUAAAUUUCUGCCUUACUGAGACAAAACGUUCCAUGCCAGAGAGGAAAACUGAGGUCCUGUGAGUGUAGAUCCCCAGGUCAACUCUGGACUCGUUGGGAAUCCAGUCUCUGCUGUUUUCCCUACCACCAUCUCUACCAGCUUCUUUCACAAGCUAUGGCACAUUAUUUCAGCCAUUAACUUCCAUCCUCUUUUCUCUGCCUUCUUCAAAAUCCCCACAAUACUGCUUCUUUUCCUGCCUUUCCAACAUUCAUGCAACUCUAAAUGACUUACUCAACAGCAGUCCCAUUGCAAUAAAGUGAUUUUCUGCCA